AUGAGUUCAGAAGCAGUGAAGAAUGAGGACUCGGCUCUAACGGGUGGCAGUUCAUCCCUAAUUGGCGCCAUGACGGCUGGUGGACGCUCUAUGGUAUACCAGCUGACAUCAUUUUACCUCCGCACGCCUGUCAAAUUGUUCAGACCCGCAAGGUUUGACUACUUGCAUUACCUUCGCGUGCUAUUAGUAGGAGAAGACAAAGCCCAAACUCACAUCGAAAAAGCGCCCCAGUCGAGAUUUUUGAAGUUCUGGAAUCCACGCUACUUUUACUAUUUGGAAAACUCUUCUAUCGGGCUAUUGACAAAGGGCCUAAACAAGUAUGGCUGGAAAGUCAUUCCUGAGAGGGUGCUUCCACCCCUAGUUGCAAAUUCUGUUGCAGGCGUGGUCCUUUACACGACAUACCUUACAACUCUGGAUCACUUUGACAAAGUCAAUAAUCCAGAGUCUACAAAUCACCGACCGUUGGACGUCAUGAGAGCUGGGUUUUUGGCAGGCGCCGCCCAGGCACUUACCUCGGCACCCAUUGACGCCAUCUACACGAGGUCUACAGUCGAUCAACUAAUUUCGCACGCAAAGACUUAUGACAAUCUGUGGGUGUAUGGAUUCAAAAAACUUCAAGAAAUUGGGCUUGUUGGAUGCUUCGGUGGGUUUGGUCUCUCACUAGUUAAGGAGUGCACCGGCUUUGCCGCCUAUUUUACUGUUUUCGAGGUUUUUAAGGGUCAAAUCUGCCAAUGGACUAUUGAUUUUAUGAAACACUAUCGCGAACUCAAAUUCUCCAUUCGUCAAUCCAAGAUUGCUAGGUUGUUCCAGGAAGAGUCAGAAGAGGACUUAAACGAUAUCGACCCUGUAUUCAUGAGCACAAGAGAAGAAAGUUGGUUUCGUAAAGCAUUCGUCUUUGUUGGGGGUGUUUCCGCUGCUCUUCUUUUACAAAUGAUCCAGUACCCAUUUGCUAAGCUGCAGAAAAUGCACCUUUCGCGACUGGAGGUUUUAGACAUGUACAGCAAGGCGAAAAUCGCAGAUGAGGCCAAACCUGCCACUUCCACAAUCUCACCGAAGCCAAACCAUAUCAGAAUUAAGCUAAGGCCAAAAAGCCGAAGACUUUUUCACAUCUAUUACCAUUCUUAUCUUGACACUUUUCAGCACAUCUAUUUUAUUCAAAAGAACACGGGGUCUACUUUAAGAUGGCUCUACAAGGGCUUUACUAGGAACACUUUAGCAAUAAUUCCUGGCACUACGGCCGGCCUACUACUUUUGGAAGUAAUGAGAAACAAAUUGAGUGAAAACGUCUCUGAGUCCUCAUCCAAAUUUUCAAAAUUCCAACACUAA